AGAGUGUUCACUUUUCCACCAGUGAGGGACACACACUGAAGAGGGUGCAAAAAAUUAAAUCCAAAUUUAAUUGACAGCGUGACUUUUAUGUCUCCACAAGUGUCUCCGCAAUGUCCACCAAGGCAGAGCAGUUUGCUUCUAAGAUACGAUACUUGCAAGAGUAUCACAACCGUGUGCAACACAAUAUAUACCCGGUGCCGUCUGGAACUGACAUUGCAAACACACUGAAAUACUUUUCUCAAACCCUGCUCAGCAUUCUGUCCCGCACAGGCAGGAAGGAGAACCAGGAAGCUUCCAAAUUGGCCGUGCCCAUGACCAUGUGUCUUUUUCCUGUGCCAUUCCCACUCACCCCAUCUCUAAGACCACAAGUCAGUUCCAUCAACCCUACAGUUACUCGCUCCCUCCUUUACAGCGUUCUGCGCGAUGCCCCUUCAGACCGCGGGGGGCAGGGGCAGCAGAGUCGGGACGCUCAGCUCUCAGAGUACCCCUCUCUGGACUAUCAGGGCCUCUAUGUGACCCUCGUGACCCUGCUUGACCUGGUGCCCCUGCUGCAGCACGGUCAGCAUGAUCUGGGCCAGUCCAUAUUUUACACAACAACUUGCCUUCUGCCCUUUCUCAGUGAUGACAUUCUCAGCACUUUGCCCUAUACUAUGAUCUCCACUUUAGCUACAUUUCCCCCUUUCCUCCACAAAGACAUCAUUGAGUACCUCAGCACCUCUUUUCUCCCCAUGGCCAUAUUGGGAUCCACGCGGAGGGAAGGGGGAGUCCCUGCCUAUGUUAAUCUGUCUGCUUCCUCUAUGCUAAUGAUAGCAAUGCAGUACACGACAAAUCCAGUUUAUCACUGUCAGUUGCUGGAGUGUUUAAUGAAGCACAAACAGGAAGUGUGGAAGGACCUUCUUUAUGUCAUAUCUUAUGGUCCAUCCCAAGUCAAACCUCCAGCAGUGCAAAUGCUUUUUCAUUACUGGCCCAACCUGAAACCACCAGGAGCCAUCAGUGAAUACCGAGGGCUGCAGUACACCGCCUGGAACCCCAUUCACUGUCAACAUAUUGAGUGCCACAAUGCCAUCAAUAAACCUGCUGUCAAGAUGUGUAUAGAUCCCACUCUUUCUGUUGCCCUGGGAGACAAACCGCCUCCUCUUUACAUAUGCGAGGAGUGCAGCCAGCGGAUAGCCGGAGACCACGCCGAAUGGCUUGUGGAUGUCCUUCUGCCCCAAGCUGAAAUAUCUGCCAUUUGUCAAAAGAAGAACUGUAGCUCUCACGUCAGGAGGGCUGUGGUCACCUGCUUCUCGGCCGGUUGCUGCGGGCGCCAUGGUAACCGGCCUGUCCGCUAUUGCAAGCGUUGCCAUGUCAACCACCACAGCAGCGAGGUGGGGGCUGCGGAGGAGACCCAUCUGUACCAGACUUCGCCUCCUCCGAUCAACACCCGGGAGUGCGGGGCUGAGGAGCUAGUUUGCACCGUGGAAGCUGUUAUAAGCCUACUCAAGGAGGCUGAAAUCCACGCAGAACAACGCGAGUUUGAACUAAACCGCCGUCGGCAGAUGGGCCUGUCUUCCUCGCAUCACUCUCUGGACAACAUCGAGUUUGAUAACAAGGAGGACGACCAGCAUGACCAACGCCUCCUCAGUCAGUUUGGCAUCUGGUUCCUGGUGAGCUUGUGUACCCCCAACGAGAACACACCCACUGAGAGUCUGGCCCGGUUGGUCAGUAUGGUUUUCCAGUGGUUUCAUUCUACUGCCUAUAUGAUGGAUGACGAGGUGGGAAGCCUGGUGGAGAAACUGAAGCCACAAUUUGUCACCAAGUGGUUAAAAACAGUCUGUGAUGUGCGAUUUGACGUCAUGGUUAUGUGUCUCCUGCCCAAACCCGUCGAGUUUGCCAGGGUUGGAGGUUAUUGGGACAAGUCCUGUAGCACAGUGACCCAACUGAAGGAAGGUCUAAAUCGCAUUUUGUGUUUAAUCCCUUACAAUGUCAUCAGCCAACCACUAUGGGAAUGUUUCAUGCCCGAGUGGCUGGAGGCCAUUCGAACGGAGGUGCCCGACCAGCAACUCAAAGAAUUUCGGGAAGUCCUAAGCAAGAUGUUUGACAUUGAGCUGUGCCCACUUCCUUUCUCCAUGGAAGAAAUGUUUGGCUUCAUCAGCUGCAGAUUUUCUGGUUAUCCAGCGUCUGUGCAAGAACAGGCUCUGCUGUGGUUGCAUGUGCUGUCAGAGCUGGAUAUCGUGGUUCCUCUGCAGUUGCUAAUUGGGAUGUUCUCGGAUGGUGUGAACUCUUUGAAAGAGCUGGCCAAUCAGAAGAAGGCACGUGCCUCCGAUCUGACUAGCAACACUGGAGCUCGCAGGGUGAGCGUGGUGUCCGAUCCGGGGCGCCGCGGGCAACACAACACCCUCAGCCCGUUCCCAAGUCCUUUCAGGAGCCCGUUCCGCAGUCCGCUACGUUGUAGUCCGUUUAAAAACCUGGGUCACGCCACCGGCCAUUGCGCUUUGGAUUUAGACUGUGACGACGACGACAUGAACCUGGGCUGUUUCAUCCUCAUGUUUGACCUCAUACUAAAACAGAUGGAAUUGCAGGAUGAUGGCGUGAUGCUCGGUUUAGACACCAACCUGGGGAAAGAUAUUGUUGGGAUCAUCAACAAUGUCUUCCAAGCCCCGUGGGGGGGCUCGCACACCUGCCAGAAGGAUGAGAAGGCCCUGGAGUGCAGCCUUUGCCAAUCCAGCAUCCUGUGUUACCAGCUGGGCUGCGAGCUUUUGGAGAGGUUGACCCCCCGGGAGGAGAUACGCCUGGUGGAACCGACAGAUUGUUUAGAGGAAACGUUAUUGCUUCCUCAGCCAGAUUUCUCCGUCGGAGCGGAGAACGGAAGCGAGGAAGAAGACAACCCGAGUGCGGCGCAUACUGACAACCACAACAACCAUUCUUCUGAUACUGCAUCUAUGAAAAACAACUCAGAUAAGAAGUUCUCCUAUGAGCAACUUCCUGUGUCCUUGAAACUCAUAUACACAAUAUUGCAGGAAAUGUCCAAGUUUGAAGAGCCUGACAUCUUGUUUAACAUGUUGAACUGUCUGAGGAUCUUGUGUCUACAUGGAGAGUGUUUGUACUUUGCCCGUAAGGAUCACCCCCAGUUUCUGGCCUACAUCCAGGAAGAAAUGCUCAUCCCGAGUCUGUGGUCGAUGUUGAAGUCCGAGUUUUGCCAGUUAGCCUCUCUGGCGGUGCCUCAGCUCCUCCACGCUCUCUCUCUGUCCCACGGAGCGGACAUCUUCUGGAACCUCAUCAACACAAACUUCAACAGCAAAGAUUGGAAAAUACGAUUUGAAGCAGUGGAGAAGGUCGCAGUGCUGUGCCGCUUUCUCGAUAUUGGAGCGGUGACUAAAAACCACCUGCUCAAGUACUCUUUGGCGCACGCCUUCUGCUGCUUACUGGCUUCGGUGGAGGAUGUUAAUCCGGCUGUGGCCACCCGAGCCAGAUUGCUGCUGGACACCAUUAAGAGGCCAGCACUGCAGGGCUUGUGCCUUUGCCUGGAUUUCCAGUUUGACACAGUUGUGAGGGAUCGGCCUGUCAUCCUCAGCAAAUUGCUCCUGCUUCAUUUCCUGAAGAAAGACGUACCAGCUCUCAGCUGGGAGUUUUUCGUCAACCGCUUUGAAACAUUAUCCCUUGAAGCUCAGUUACACCUGGACUGUAACAAGGAGUUCCCUUUCCCUACAACCAUCACUGCAGUGCGAACCAACGUGGCAAACCUCAGCGAUGCGGCAAUGUGGAAAAUACGACGGGCGCGCUUCGCCAGGAACCGCCAGAAGAGUGUGCGUUCCUUGCGUGACAGCGUGAAGGGCGGCCCUCCAGAGUCCAAGCGGGCGUUCUCACUCCCCGAGUCACUGAGCAACCGACUUUCGCUAAGGCUAACCAGGCAAGAGCACUCUGCCCCAACACUCGGUGAUAUGAUCGAGAAGGUUCUGCCAGUCUCUCAUACAGGCCAGACGCUGUCUCCUGAAGACGACAGCAUCAUCCAAGACCUACUCCCGGAGGACGCCGGCAUAGACCACCAGACUGUUCACCAGCUCAUCAUGGUGCUCAUGAAAUUCAUGGCCAAAGACAAGAGCAGUGCCGAGGCAGACAUCGGCAGCGCCAAGGCCUUCAACACGGUGAAGCGGCACCUGUAUGUGUUGCUGGGUUACGACCAGCAGGAGGGUUGCUUCAUGAUUGCACCUCAGAAGAUGCGUACCUCGACAUGCUUCAAUGCUUUCAUUGCUGGUAUUGCACAGGUUCUGGACUAUAACAUCGGUUUAGGGAAACAACUGCUCCCCCUGGUGGUUCAGGUUUUAAAGUACUGCACCUGUCCUCAGCUGAGACACUAUUUCCAGCAGCCACCCCGAUGCUCACUUUGGGCCCUGAGGCCACACAUUAGACAGAUGUGGCUCAAAGCGCUCCUGGUCAUUCUGUAUAAGUAUCCUUACAGAGAAAUGGAUGGAAGCAAAGUUGUCCUCCAUCUGAUCUACAUUACUAUCAACACCCUGAACGCCCAGUAUCAUAGCUGCCGUCCCCACGCCACCGCUGGUCCCCUUUACAGUGACAACUCCAACAUGAGCCGUUACAGUGAAAAGGAAAAAGAAGAGGAUAGUGUAUUUGACGAGUCCGAUGUUCAUGACACGCCCACCGGAGCGGCUAACAAGGAGUCGCAAACCUUCUUUGCCCGCCUGAAGAGAAUUGGCGGCAGCAAGUCUGUGAAGUACCAACCGGUCGAGCUGAACGCAAAGAAAAGUGAAAUUGAGUUGUCAGAGUACCGGGAAGCAAGUGCACUUCAGGACAGCAUCCUGCACUGCGUGAGGGAGGAGAGCACCAGGAAGAAACGUCUGCAGGCCAUGAACAAGCAGAAGUCUCUGGACAUCUCUAAUACUGACUCGAUCCUCUUCAACCUGGACGAACAUCGCCGUAAAUCCUGCAUCGAUCGCUGCGACUUACAAGCCCCCCCUUCUGUCUUACCCCCCACGGCCGCCGGCCGCAGCAGGCGUCAUGGCAAAGGAUCAUGCGAUGGAUCUUGGGUUCGAACGGAAGGCAGCGAUGCGGUGGACAGGCGGGGCUCUCGAGGAGGACAGUCCGACAUCUCCAAACCUGUCAUCCCUGAGGUCCGCCUCAGCUGCAUGGAGACUUUUGAGGACAAGCUGGAUCACGGUUCCGCUGGGGGGUCAGCUGCGGGAAAGGAGGACCAAGACCUCAUUGACCUCUCCUCUGACUGCACCUCCAUUCCGGAGAAGCACUCCCUGCUCUCCAUGUCUGACAGUGACUCCUUAGUUUUCGAAGCCUUACCUCCACUCAGGAUCGUUGAGAGUGACGAGGACUUUGACCUCAACACCAUAAUAGGCUCAAAGUUCAAUGGAAGUCCAAAAGUUCUGGCCUCCCCCGGGAGUAGUAACACGUUGCGUCUGUCCCCUGUGGUGCAGGUGAGUGUGGAGGACUGCUCGAGUGAAAAAAAGAUCACAGACCUUCUGACAGGAGAAGCAUUUUUGGGAAAGAAACUGACUCCUUCAAGUUCUUUGGAACUCCCCGAGCGACUGGAGAACAUCUGCCACGAGAGCCCCAUCAUGACCCUGAAGCAGAAGAGAGACCUGCUGAGGAAGACACCCCGCGUGCCAGACACCUCACUAGAUGAUGCAUUCGGGGCACUAGAGGAGGCCAAGGCCUCAAGCCCCUCCGGCAGAACGAUCUUCUUGGACAUCCCAGAAGACAGAGCCGAACCUCUGUCCUCACCGGAGAGAAGCAACGACGAGGAAGAGGACGGUGACGACGAGGAAGACGACGACAUGAUCGAUGAAGCGGACAGCGAACUCAAAACGCAUGACGGCGAUGACAAUGACGAAGCGGAGUUUAAAAUUCAGAUUGUUCCUCGACAGCGGAAGCAGAGGAAGAUAGCUGUGAGCGCCAUCCAGAGAGAAUACCUGGACAUCUCGUUCAACACUUUUGAUAAGCUUGGCAACGAGCAGGACACGGACACAGAUCACAAAGCUAUGUCCACCUUGGAAAAGCCACGAGAAUCUUCCUCAGCGCCAACACUUGAAGCCGCAAUGCCCGAAACAAGCCAGCGCUCUUCAGUAUCUGCUCAGUACCGUCAGGUGAAGCGAGGUUCUCUGGGCGCACUGACCAUGAGCCAAUUGAUGAAGAGACAACUGGAGCAUCAGUCCAGCGCGCCGCACAACAUCAGCACCUGGGACACAGGUCCAACAAAAACCAGUCUGCUCUCAGCGCCCAGCACAGUUAGCAUGUUUGUCCCUGCACCUGAAGAAUUCAUCGACGAGCAGCCGACAUUAAUGUCUGACAGGUGUCGAGACUGCGCGGCUGUGCUGGAAGAAUACGACGAAGAGACCCUGGGCCUGGCGGUGGUGGUCCUUUCCAUGUUCAUCCACCUCAGCCCUGAUCUAGCUGCUCCUAUGCUCCUGGACAUCAUGCAAUCUGUGGGCAGGCUGGCUUCCAGUGCUAAUUUUUCUGGACAAGCUGAGAGCAUGUUGAUCCCAGGAAAUGUUGCAGGUGUAGCCAAGCAGUUCCUCCGUUGUAUGUUCCACCAACUGGCUCCAAAUGGAGUCUUGCCUCAACUCUUCCAAAGCAACAUUAAAGAUGGAAGUUUUCUUCGGACCCUUGCCUCCUCGCUUAUAGAUUUUAAUGAGCUGAGUUCUGUCGCUGCUCUCAAUAUGCUUCUGGAGGGGUUGAACAACAAGAAGAGUCUGCCAGCAGGAGGCACUAUGCUGCACUGCUUGGACAACAUUGCUACCUUCAUGGAGGCCCUCCCUAUGGACUCCCCAAGCAACCUGUGGACCACCAUUUGCAACCAAUUCCAGGCCUUCCUCACCAAACUGCCCUCUGUGCUUCCUCUGAAGUGCCCCAUGGAUUCCAGUUUGAGGAUUAUAAUUUGCCUUCUGAAAAUUCCAACCACAAAUGCAACUCGGAGCCUUCUGGAGCCUUUUUCCAAGUUGCUGAGCUUUGUCAUCCAGUAUGGCAUCUUCAGCCUUUCCUACUUAGUCGAAUUGUGUGGACUCUGCUACAAAGCAUUCAACAAGGAGCGAGAUAAGUUCUACAUGUCACGCAUUGUGGUGCUGGAGCUUCUUCAAGCGCUCAAGUUCAAAUCCCCGCUGCCUGACACAAACUUGUUACUGCUGGUCCAGUUCAUUUGUGCAGAUACCGGCACACGGCUAGCAGAAUCCACCAUCAUCCAAAAGCACAUGAUCGCUACAUUGCCCGGGUGCACAACAGCAGCAAUGGAAUGCAUGAGACAAUACAUAAGUGAACUCCUGGACUUUAUUGCAGAUAUGCACACGCUAACCAAACUCAAGAGUCACAUGAAGGCUUGCUGCCAGCCGUUGCAUGAGGACACUUUUGGAGGGAACCUUAAAGUGGGCUUGGCGCAAGUGGCCGCCAUGGAGAUCAGUAAAGGAAAUCACCGUGACAACAAAGCUGUGGUCCGUUAUCUUCCUUGGCUUUACCAUCCUCCUUCCACCAUGCAACAAGGUCCAAAGGAAUUCAUCGAGUGCGUCUCCCACGUGCGUCAGCUGUCCUGGCUUCUCCUGGGAUCCCUCACACAUUGUGCCCUGCAUCAGGGUUCCACUUCCUGUAUGCCCAUCCCUCUUGAUGCUGGCUCCCACAUUGCUGAUCAUCUUAUCGUCAUCCUUAUUGGCUUUCCUGAACAGUCCAAGACGUCGGUGCUGCACAUGUGCUCUUUGUUCCACGCCUUCAUGUUCGCCCAGUUGUGGACCAUCUACUGUGAGCAGGCGGCCGCCGCUCCUACCUUGCAGAACCAGAACCAGACAGAGUUUUCAUCCAGCGCCAUUCUGACUGGCCUGGAGUUCUGGAGUCGUGUGACACCCAGCAUUCUGGAGCUCAUGGCGCACAAUAAGGUGAUGGUGGAGAUGGUGUGUCUUCAUGUUAUUAGCCUGAUGGAAGCACUGCAGGAGUGCAACUCAACCAUCUUUGUCAAGCUUAUUCCAAUGUGGCUACCCAUGAUACAGUCCAACCUUAAGCACCUGUCGGCAGGUCUACAGCUGCGUCUCCAGGCCAUCCAGAAUCGCGUGAACCACCAGUGUCUGCAAGCUCAGACGCCGGGGGCGCCGCCCUUCGCGCUGCGCAAGUGGCUUCAGUGCACUCAAUUCAAGAUGGCUCAGGUGGAGAUCCAGUCAUCUGAGGCCGCCUCGCAGUUCUACCCCAUGUAACCUACUUUCUGCAAUUCCGCUCUGAAUAACCAAAAAGGAUGCUGAACUGCCUUUAGUUUGAUAUGUACAGUAGAUCUGUGCUAUUUACUGUUAUGGCUCACUUGCAGAAGAUUUCUAUUUAUCUGUGUUGUGCUCUGAAAGCAAAUGCGUACUCACUCUAUGACAUUCUAUCUUUUUCGACUGAACAAUAAAAGUUCUUUUUUUUUUUUAUAA